ACCUUGUAAAGAAGGAAUCAGAAUUGAAAGCAAUGGCGCCACAAAUAAAGCUUAAAGAAAAGUUGCAGGAAGAACUAAUGAAAGUAGCCCCUAAAAAGAUCGUGAAGCUCAGGCAAACAUAUCUUGCCAUAGAAAAAUCGAGGAAAUUUUGGAAGACAACCCACGAAGAAUUAAAGGUAGUUGCGGUUCAAAGGAAUCAAGAGAAAAUAAAAAUCCAUCAUCAAAAGAAGAUCAUGUCGGAGGUGUUAAAAGAGCUUCAGGUAGUGGCAUCAGGAGAUCUUGAGAAAAGAAGUGAGAGAGAGGAAAGAAGGAAUACCAUUCAGAGAGUGAUGCACCAAGAGUUGAUGACAGUUUUGACAAGGAAAAAAUUAGAGAAAGAGCAGCACACAAAACAGAAGGGAACAAUGGUGCAGAUGUUGAUAGAACUUAAGGUAGUGGCCUCAAAAGAAUUGAAGAGCAGAACUGAGAGAGAAGAAAGAAGGGAGACAAUUUGGAAAGCUAUUCAUAAAGAGCUGAUGAAAUUCAACAAAGGCACCAACCCAGAGGACGAGGAAGAGGAUUUAUUUGUCCCUCGAAAGCUUUUCAUGUUCAAGGUGGAAACAUUCAAAAACUCUCCACCGAAUGUUGAGACUACACAACGCCACAAGGAAACAGAGAUUAAGAAGGACCUGUGUACCUCAAGUGUAGGACAGGUGCCCACUCCACCAAAAAAGAAGUCUUUCAGAGGAAGGCUAAGGAAAUUCUUUGGUUUAAAAUAAGAGACUGUGUGUGUGGAACCUCAUGAAGAAACUUAAGAUAUUCACUGAUAAUUUCCGCCUGAACAUAACUU